AUGGUAUAUGUUCCUAAAAAUGACCCAAUGUUAGAAUUUCUUAAAGCAAAUUAUCCUGAAACUCACAAUCUAAUUCAAAAAGCAGCCCAAAAGAUAGAGAAACAAGAAAGCACAAUAAAG